AUGACACGGCGCGUGCCUUCUUCUCUGUCCCUCCGACAACAAGCGCCUGCUCAGGCCCAGUCCAGCAUCUCCGCGCAGUCUUCCGCUUCCUCCUCGUUUGCCCCGAUCCCGGCCUCGGCUUCGGCUCAUACUCAGCAAGCUGUUUCCCCCCUGGCUUCCUCGAAGCACUUUGUUCUCGCAGACAUGGACGGUCGCCCGCCUCUCGACAACCGCGCCUGCAUGAACUGCAUCUCCAAGCUCUCUGCGAACGAGGUCAGCCAAGUCAACUGGCACGUGGAUGAGGAGAACAAGUGCAAGCUGUGCGCCGUGAGGGAUCUCAAGCCCGAGGCCUUCACCAAGCCUUUUCUCGACUUCCUGCGCGAGAACCCGACUGUCUUCCAUACCGUCGACUACUUCAAGACCAAGCUGCGCCAGUCUGGCUACGUAGAGCUCCCUGCGCGCGACUCCUGGUCCGGCAAGAUCCAACCCGGCGGCAAGUACUGGGUCACUCGCAAUGGCAGCUCCAUCAUCGCCUUUGCCGUCGGCAAAUCCUACAAGCCCGGCAACGGUGUUGGCAUGAUUGCCGGCCACAUCGACGCCCUGACAGCCCGACUCAAGCCCGUCAGCAAGAAGCCAACCACGGCCGGUUACGUCCAGCUCGGUGUUGCCCCCUAUGCCGGCGCCCUGAACCAGACCUGGUGGGAUCGAGACCUGAGCAUCGGUGGCCGAGUCAUUGUGCGCGAUGAGAAGACGGGCAAGACCUCCAGCAAGCUCGUCCAGCUGGACUGGCCUAUUGCCAAGAUCCCCACGCUGGCGCCGCACUUUGGUGUCGGCAUGAUGGGUCAGAACAACCCGGAGACGCAGGCUGUCCCCAUCAUUGGAUUGGACAGCUCCGAUGGCUCCAGCGCCGAGCUGCUUGGCUCUGUCGGCGCCUUUGUCAACACCCAACCCCCGAAGCUGGUCAAGCUCAUCUCAAAGCAGCUUGGCAUCACCUCCUACGACUCCAUUGUCAACUGGGAGCUUGAGCUUUUCGACUCCCAGCCGGCCUCCGUCUUUGGCCUGGACAAGGAGUUCAUCACCGCUGGAAGAAUCGAUGACAAGCUCUGCUCGUGGUCCGCCCUCCUGGGUCUUCUCCACUCCACGGAGCGAGACGAGGACAGCUACAUCAAGCUGGUGGCCCUGUUCGACGACGAAGAGGUCGGUUCUCUGCUGAGACAGGGCGCCAGGGGUAACUUCCUGCCCUCCACAGUCGAGCGCGCCGUCGAGGCUCUCAACCCCGACACCUACGGCCCUGGUCUCAUCGGCCAGACUUUCGCCAAGUCUUUCCUCCUGUCUGCUGACGUCUCUCACGCUGGCAACCCCAACUUCAUUGGCAACUACCUCGCCGAGCACAUCCCCAAGCUCAACGUCGGCCUCGUCGUCUGCGGCGACAGCAACGCCCACAUGACCACCGACGCCGUCUCCUCCGCCAUCCUCCACCGCGUUGCCAACCUGUGCGGCGCUCAAUUGCAGGACUUCCAGAUCCGAAACGACUCCCGCAGCGGUGGCACUGUCGGCCCUAUGCUGUCCAGUGCAAUGGGUGUGCGUGCUGCUGAUGCUGGCUUGCCUCAGCUGAGCAUGCACUCGAUUCGUGCUACGACUGGUGCCUUGGACCCUGGCUUGGGUGUGCAGUUCUUCAAGGGCUUCCUCGAUUUCUGGGAGCAAGUUGAUGGCGAAUGGGAGUAA